AUGAAUACCUCUACAAGUCGGUCUUCGACCCCUUCAACACCUCAAAUCGCUCCUCUACUUCCACCGCCUCCCGGAAGUCGAUUUUCACGGCCUGCGCCUUCGAUAGAUCUUCUCAAUGAACGCAGUGCUGCAGCCACCUCUGCAACCGAUAAUGUCUCUACCUCGUCUGGCAUGGGAGAUCUCGCUAGUUUGAUUGGUAAUGGCAAAUCUACCAGUGGGGGACUAUCAGCACAGGAUUUAUCUUUCUUUGAGGGCCUCUGA